UCAGACCGGAAGUGUCUCGCGGUAGGUCGGUCGGUCGGUCGGUCGGUCAGACGGCGUUUCCGACCCAGUCAGUGACACACUGUGGUCAGGAUGAGGAGGAAGUCGCGGGCGCUGCUGUGCUUCGCUCUGCUCUGGGUACUGGGCAUCGCCUAUUACAUCUACUCGGGCAGCGGCGCGGGCCGCAAGGACGACCAGAAUUCCAUAGAUGCAAAUAAAAGGAAAAAUCCUCACGGCGGCGAUGUGAAAGAAGCACAAAGUAUGGAAACGUUACCUCCGGGGAAAGUGAGGUGGGAGCACUUUGAUCAGGAAGGGUAUAUUGGAGCAACUAUGGUAAAGGCUGGACAAGAUCCAUACGCACGCAACAAGUUUAAUCAAAUGGAAAGCGACAAACUGCAAAUGGAUAGAAAUAUUCCAGAUACCAGGCAUGAUCAAUGCCGAAGGAAACAGUGGAGCAGUGAGUUACCGGGGACCAGUGUAGUCAUCACUUUCCACAAUGAAGCCAGAUCUGCACUACUUCGCACUGUGGUCAGUGUGCUUAGAAAAAGCACCCCGCAUCUCAUCAAAGAGAUUAUUUUAGUUGAUGACUAUAGUGACAACCCUGAAGAUGGUACUUUGUUGUCAAAAAUAGAGAAAGUUCGAAUCCUUCGGAACAACAGGCGCGAAGGGCUAAUGCGUUCACGUGUCCGAGGAGCUGAUGCCGCACAAGCAGAGAUACUAACCUUCCUUGAUAGUCAUUGUGAAUGCAACGAGCACUGGUUGGAGCCCCUCCUGGAGAGGGUGGUCGAGGACAGGACAAAAGUGGUUUCUCCGAUAAUUGAUGUGAUCAACAUGGAUAACUUCCAAUACGUGGGUGCAUCUGCAGAUCUGAAAGGCGGAUUUGAUUGGAACCUGGUCUUCAAAUGGGAUUAUAUGACUCCAGAGCAAAGGAGAGCUCGGCAAGGCAAUCCAAUAGGCCCUAUAAGAACGCCCAUGAUAGCAGGUGGUCUCUUUGUGAUGGAUAAAGCUUACUUUGAAGAGCUCGGAAAGUAUGACAUGAUGAUGGAUGUCUGGGGCGGAGAAAACCUAGAGAUCUCUUUCCGUGUGUGGCAAUGCGGUGGCAGCCUUGAAAUCGUCCCCUGUAGUCGAGUAGGUCACGUGUUUCGCAAGCAACACCCAUACACGUUUCCAGGGGGCAGCGGUACUGUCUUUGCAAGAAAUACACGCCGGGCGGCUGAGGUCUGGAUGGACGAAUACAAAAAUUUCUAUUACGCGGCAGUUCCUUCAGCUCGGAACGUUCCUUUUGGCAACAUUCAGAGCAGAAUGGAACUAAAAAGGAAGCUGAACUGCAAGCCGUUCAAGUGGUAUUUAGAGAACGUUUAUCCAGAGUUAAGAGUCCCUGAUCAUCAAGAUAUAGCGUUUGGAGCUUUACAGCAAGGCUCUAAUUGCCUGGACACACUGGGCCACUUUGCGGACGGGGUCGUGGGGGUGUACGAAUGCCACAACGCGGGAGGCAACCAGGAAUGGGCACUAACAAAAGACAAAUCAGUCAAACACAUGGACUUGUGCCUUACUGUUGUGGAUCGCAUCCCUGGUUCUCUUAUCAAGCUGCAGGGCUGCAGAGAUAACGACAGCAGACAGAAGUGGGAACAGAUUGAGAACAAUGCCAAGCUACGACACGUGGGCAGCAACUUGUGUCUGGAUAGUCAGAACGCCAGGAGUGGCGGGCUGACGGUGGAAGUCUGCAGUUCGUCUCUUUCACAACAGUGGAAAUUCACACUCAAUUUACAGCAGUAACGGACCGAACCUUUUACAGCAUCGUUCUGACCCUUUCCGUGUGGACGAUAUUUAAAUUCCUAAAUCAAGUUUGAGUUCAACCAUAUACCUCGGUCUUUUGGAAGAGUUCCACGCUCCACUUCUUGAAUUAACGGAUUGAAUUACUGAUGACAUCCCUCUCCCUCCCCUCCCCCUCCACCCUCCCAUGGAAUCGUUACCACCUUAUUCAUUCGGCAAAAUUAAUUUCUCUCCCUUUGAGUACAGUAAACCUCACAUAAAUCAUAUCAGUUGGGACCAUA